UUUGGCCCGGAGAGCGGCAGCAGAGCCCGGCCCGGGGCUGCGCGGGGCCGCGCUUCCCUGCGGCGGCGAGAGGAAGACGUCGAGGCUCCGGCGGCGGCGUGCGGGAGCGCUCGCUGCGGGCCGGGAGCGGGCUGGGAGCAAAGCAGGGACCGCUGCUAGCGCGUCCCUCCCCGGCCCUCGCCCUCGGAGCGGGCCAGUCAUGGGGGAGACGGGCAAAGAGGAGUACAGGAUACAGUCGUUCGAUGCCGAGACCCAGCAGCUGCUGAAGACGGCUCUCAAAGACCCCAGCAGCGUGGACCUGGAGAAAGUGGCCAAUAUUAUAGUGGACCAGUCCCUGCAGGACUGUGUGUUCAGCAAGGAGGCAGGACGCAUCUGCUACACCAUCAUCCAGGCAGAGAGCAAACAGGUCGGGCAGAGCGUCUUCCGGAGGAGCCUGCUGAACCGGCUGCAGCAGGAGUACAAGGACAGAGAGGAGCUGCGCAGCCGCUCGCUCCAGGCCUGGAUCUGCUACGUCACCUUCAUCUGCAACAUCUUCGACUACCUGCGGGUGAACAACAUGCCCAUGAUGGCGCUGGUGAACCCGGUUUAUGACUGUCUCUUCCGACUGGCGCAGCCCGACAGCCUGCGCAAGGAGGAGGAGGUGGACUGCUUGGUCCUGCAGCUGCAUCGCAUUGGCGAGCAGCUGGAGAAGAUGAACUCCCAGCGGAUGGAUGAGCUCUUCUCCCUCCUCCGAGACGGCUUCCUCCUGCAGGAGGGGCUCAGCUCCCUGUCCCAGCUCCUGCUGCUGGAGAUCAUUGAGUUUCGGGCUGCUGACUGGAAGAUGACAGACGCUGCCCAGAAAUACUAUUACAGUGAAGUGACGGAUUAACUCUUCUGCAGCAGAGGCGGCGAGAUGUCCCCAGCACUUUCACCAGCAAGCUUUGUACCAAGUUUGAAUUUCUUUUCAUGGUAAUGUUUUUCUAGCACUUCCUGUAAAUAGGAUUUAUACUGGCUAAAGCCUCUGUGCACGUAACUGCCAGGCUGUAACUGGUGCUAGAUUGACUUUGGAGAUUUGGUGAGGUGGAAAGGGCAGGGCACCUAUAACCCAGCAAGUUCUUCCACUGGUUUGGUCUAAUUAUGGGCCAAUGCCAGCAAAGGGCAAGGAAGGCUUCUAGUUCAAACCAGCAUUUUAUACAAGCAUUAAGGAAAGCACAGUUUAAGCAGGGAACAUUUUGUUUACUCAAGAGCCAGCAGAGAGGAAGGAGGCAGAGAUUUUACCACUGACAGACCCUGAACCAGGCUGUACCUGCCUCCCUGGGACAAGGCAUGAAAAAUACUGUGGUCAGACACCUUGCAAAUGGCUCAACCAAGUCCUGUUUUUCCCAGUCUCUCUCCAGCAUGCUGGCUGUACCUGCAUGCAACACAGCCUCCACCACGGGUCACCAGCAACACCCACUACAGGGCAGCCUGCAGCCAGGCAGGUCCUUCAGCACAAGUAGCUAGAAACAGGUUUUAUAGGUUUUAUACAGUAACUGCUAUGUUUUCUCAAAAUUUAGUGGGUUUCAAAUAUGGUAUGUUUCUUAUAAGAAUGGGAGAGGAAGAAAGAAAACAAAAUAGUUUAUUGAAGGUUUUUUUUCUAAUAAAAGUUUUCCACUAACAUGUGCCCUAUAUUCUCUCUAUGCAAUUGCUGAGCUAUAUAGCAAAAAAUGCUCUGAACAGUACUCAAAAGCUGCUCCUGCUUGAAGCCUUAAGGCUGCAGUAUUCAUUUUUUUCUCUGGUGUAGGGCAGCAGAAUAGAUUUAGGUAAAUUGAGUGGCUGGAGAGAAAGGUGUGAGACUGAAGCAACAGACACAGGUUUAGAAGCAUGACACCUUUCCCACAAAGCUCUGAUUUUAUUUUUUCUGUUGCUGAUGACACGAACUAAAAGUUAAAAAAGCA